CAGGCGACGGCUUCUCUUUGAAUGAGCGGCUGAGGAAGAGGAGGAGGAGGAGAAAGAGAGCGAGAGAAACGAUUUCCUCCCCUCUCCUCUUCUCCCUCCCCACCGCCGCCACCAAGUCUUCGUGUUUUACACACGCAGAGAGAGAGAGAGAGGAGAGAGGGUUCGAGGCGAACAUCCCACAGGUGUGCUGCUUCCGCCGCUCCACCGCCGAAGCAAAAACUGACGCCACGCGCGCGCGCGCAUACCUGGAAAUUUACCAUGUGACUCAAGACUCGGCACCUGGGCGUGGAGAAAAGUCUUGAUAUUUCCGACCGGAGAGAGAGCGCGAAACAAGACUGUUUUUUGUUGAGUUUUCACCGCGCCGCCUCUGCCAGCGACUUUUUUCAGCCACAGAAGUGACCCCGGCGUUUUAACGGAAUAGUGCCUUCCUGUACAACUUCCCCACGGGACGAGAUGUGAGCUCGUUUUUUUUCUUUUGAGACGAGAAAACACAUUUCAGCGAGGUGGGGAUACUUCUGGGAAGACACUCUCCGCUUUUUCCCCCACUUCAAGAGCCCGAGCCCUUAAUGAAGCUGGGGGUCAACGGCAGUGUGCGGCUAAUUGGCCAAGUUCGCCCGGGUCUUUGGCUACCUGUGAUUGAAGUGUCCAGUGAGCACCCACUGUGCAGCUGCCGCUGCACCCUUCUCUGUUCCACUCCAACAGCCAAGACGCUCGCUGCACCCCUGUCUGCCUUUCCCUAAGAUGGCAAGCUGGGUUUCCCUCCUCCUCUUCCUUUUGUGCCAGUCCAGAUCACAAGCCCAGGAGGAGAGUCGCAUCGUUCCUAUUCUGGAGUUCCACUCUGAGACCCCCAUUAACAACGUAGUCCAGGACCCCCAGACGGGCCGCAUUUAUCUGGGAGCAGUCAAUACAAUCUUCCAGCUCACGCCGACCCUUCAAGUUGAGGCCCGUGCCGAGACGGGCCCCAAAGAAGAUGCCCGUACCUGCACGCCUCCAGCUUCAGCCUGCCAGAACACAAAGCUCAUGGAGAACCUCAACAAGCUUCUGCUCAUCCACCCGGCCAAUGGCACCCUCAUAGUCUGCGGCAGUCGCUACAGAGGCAUUUGCUCCCUGCUCAACCUUUCCAACGUGGAGCAGCAGCUGUAUUACAGUGACAGCAAGGGGGAGAGGACUUACGUCGCCAGCAUAGAGAAUCACGUGAACGUGGUGGGAGUAAUGUCUACGUACAAAAAAGAUGGACACACCUUUGAUGUGUUUCUGGUUGGGAAGGGCUAUGGAGAGCUGGACAGUACAAAACUCAUCAGCACACGAAUCCUACAGGACUACAAGGACUGGGUCGUGUUUGAGAGCAUCAUCGAGGCUUCAACAGUCCAGACGACACCCUUCGCUCCCAGGUACCUGCACAUUUUCCGGCACGCCUUCAAAGAGGACGGUUUUGUAUAUUUCCUUUUUUCUCGGACCCUUGACGGCACAGAUAUUAAAAACCUCACCUUUGUGUCCCGCCUUUGUGAAAACGAUCCCCAUUACUAUUCUCACACUGAGCUUCAGUUAAACUGCGGGCAAAACAACCAGUACAACAGAGUCCAAGCUGCUUUUGUGGCUUCUCCAGGCAAAGAACUGGCUCGGGCCAUGACUCUGUCAGGUACGUACGGGAAGGUGGUCCCGUGGAAUAAAGUCCUGUUUAUGGUGGCCAGCUCAGAGGAAGACGAAAAUAAAUCGGGGCUCUGCAUGUACCCACUGAACUCCAUCAACGAAAGGCUAGUCGAUCUCAUCAGCGCUUGUUACAGUGACCUCGGGAAAAUUUCAGGAUUUCCUGCUGUGGACAUCCCCUACUCAUCAUCCAAAACCGAUGUUUGCAAAUCAAAAAUUGCAAAGGACAUGUUAGAAAACUACAAAUGUGGUGCAGAAUUUCUGGCUUCCCCUCUGGCGAGCAAGCCCAGAUUUGCCUUAAAGGCUGAUGCAGUGUGGAGCACAUCGAGCCGUCUGACCUCUGUGGCUGUUGCUGUGGAAAAUGAUCACACCAUCGCCUUCUUGGGCAACAACCAGGGAGAGGUCUUCAAGGUACACCUGAACACGGAGGCGGACGAGUACAGCAAGGCUCCUGGUGACACCUUUGGGGAGAAGGUCAACAAGAACCUUUUCUUUGACCUCGCGCACAGCCACCUCUAUAUUACCACAGAAAAAAAGAUCACCAAAGUGCCAGUGCAGACGUGCCUCCAAAAGACAGACUGCCAAUCAUGCGUGGCACUGAGGGAUCCUUACUGUGGCUGGUGUGUCCUGGAGGGCAGGUGUACCAGAAGGUCUGAGUGCCGACGGGCAGAGGAGAAGAACGGCUGGUUGUGGAGCCCCAAGCAGCAGUGUGUCAAGAUCGUAUCUUUCUAUCCCUCAAACCUUUCCUGCAAAAAAACAGACAAGUUACAGAUCAACAUUCCAUCUCUUCCUGCAAUCGGACCGUCUGACCGUCUGCAAUGCAUCAUUGACUUGUUCCGCAGCGAAGGCACCAUGCUGGACUCGAGUCAGGUCUCCUGUGAUCUACCACCGCCCUCACUUAUACCUCAAACACCUGAGGACCAAGAUUUCGUGGCUGUUUCUAUCCGGAUUUUGGCCAACGAGACUGUGGAACUGGCCACGCGGGAGUUCAAGUUCUACAACUGCGCGGCCACAGCGAGGAGAUCGGAAAACACGCCGUGCAUGUCAUGUGUUGGUAGUUCGUGGGGAUGCCAGUGGAAUACAAUUGACCACACCUGCAGCGACAAGGACGACAGCAUAGUGGGUCCCACCAUCGUCGGACAACGCAAGGGAUCCGAGUGCCCCCAGUUUGAGAAUCCGGAUCCUGUCCUGAUCCCUGUAGGCUACAAGACUCGGAUCAGUUUUGAGGGGAUCAAUUUAAACAACUACAAGGGUCACAUUUUCACCAUCGGUACAGAACUAAUGAAGAACGCAGAGGAGGAGGUCAAGUCUGAGGAGGGUCCGUUUUACACUUUCAGCGGAUUCAAUUUUUCCUAUGAUAAGUCACCAGAGACCAAUGUUCUUUUUUACGUGAAGGACAAGGAGACUGGCAAGAAGAUGGACAGCACGCUGAACGUCACCCUGUACAACUGUUCCAUGGGGAGAGAAGACUGUAGUCUCUGUAAGUAUGCCGACCCGAAGUACAGGUGUGUGUGGUGCAGCAAGCAGAAGGCCUGCGUGUACGAGAAACUCUGCGCUCAACAGCAGGGGGAUCCCCACAACAUUGAGUGCCCCAACCCCGAGAUCAACAAUAUCAUCCCUCGUUUCGGCCCCAUGAAGGGAGGCAUCUCCAUUACCAUACAUGGCUCCAACCUUGGAAUUCAUAAAGAAGAUAUUAAAAGCAUCACAGUUGUCGGGGAGCCCUGCAGUCAUCGGGAGGAGAAGUAUUCUGUCUCCACCAGCGUGGUGUGUGAGAUUGGACCUGUUGACCCUAAGAAGACGUCCUGGGGCCAGGUAGAAGUUGAGGUGAAUGGGGGGAAGAGAGGAACCUCUUCCAUGUACUUCACAUACAGAGACCCGAUUCCUGAAGGGGUGAAGCCCAGCAAAGGUCCUAAGGCGGGGGGAACACUCAUUACCAUUUCUGGAAAAUUCUUGGACACCGGCAGUAAGGAAGAUAUCCAAGUUAACAUUGGAGGCGUGGACUGUGCUGUGGAUCACUUCGGAGAAGUGAUUACUUGCAGAACAGGUGAAUACCGAGCAGAUAAGGUGCCCUCCGACCUUCUCCCCGUCACAAUUCACUAUGGGAAGAGUACCACAAAAACCAUCGCAAGUGCCUUCCAGUUUAUGGAAAACCCAACUGUGCUGGACCAUCAGCCUAAAGGAAGCUUCGUCUGUGGAGGAAGGAACAUAAUUAUCACUGGCUCCGGUUUUGACCUCAUCCAGACCGCAAUCAUGGAGGUCCAGGGAGACAACUCAUCAGCUGUUGAGUACGCCCACGAGAAGAACGACACAGUCAUCCAGUUUCGGUCUCCAACAAUAAUCAGCUCUCCAAACCAACACCUCAGAACCUUCAUCCUGCUGGACAACUGGAAGAAGGAGCUGAAGCCCUUCGAUUACCACCCUGACCCCAGCUUCAACGAGCUGACGAAGAAAGUCAUCACUGAGACCAGCAUCAUCAUCGUCACUGGUCGAGGUUUCUCCAGAGCGAUGACAGCCAGAGAGGCUCAAGCGUUCGUCGGUGACGUUCAGUGUCUAGUCAACACGCUUCAGGAUGACAAGCUGUUCCUGGACCCGCCCUCCACCCCGCCGAGCGCCCGCUCCAGACGGCAGCGUCGAGACACUCGGCCCGAGCUGCUGGACCUGAUGAUCAAGUUUGGAAAAGGCGAGUGGGUGGUGGGCUCUGUGCAAUAUGAAAAGAAGAAUGAUUUGUCCCUCUACAUCAUCAUUCCUGCAGUGAUUGUGCCCAUGCUGCUCAUCAUCAUCAUUUCUGUCUACUGCUACAGGAGAAAGAGUCAACAGGCAGAGAGGGAAUAUGAGAAAGUAAAACACCAGCUCGACAACCUGGAGGAGAGUGUGCGAGAACGCUGCAAGAAAGAAUUUACAGACUUGAUGAUUGAGAUGGAGGAUCACACCAACGAUUUGAGUGAGGGACGAAUCCCCUUUCUGGACUACAAGACCUACACAGACCGGGUGUUCUUCUUGCCCUCUAAGGAUGGGGCCAAUGAUGUGAUGAUCACAGGGAAGCUGGACAUCCCAGAGGCUCGAAAGGCAACAGUGACGCAAGCGCUCAACCAGUUCUCCAACCUUUUGAACUCCAAGACAUUCCUCAUAAACUUUAUCCGAACCCUGGAGCACAGUAAUGACUUUAAUGCCAGGGCUAAGGUGUACUUUGCCUCCCUGCUGACCGUGGCUCUGCAUGGGAAACUGGAAUACUACACUGACAUUAUGAGAACCCUGUUGCUGGAACUGAUGGAGGAGUACGUCCACAGCAAGAACCCCAAACUGAUGCUGCGCAGGUCAGAGACAGUGGUGGAAAGGAUGCUGUGUAACUGGAUGUCAAUCUGCCUUUACCAGUUUUUAAAGGACUCUGCAGGCGAGCCCUUGUACAAACUGUUCCGAGCCAUCAAGCACCAGAUUGAAAAAGGGCCGGUGGACGUGAGAGUGAAGAAAGCCAAAUACACCCUGAACGACACGGGCUUGUUGGGCGAUGAUGUGGAGUACUCAGUCCUGACCCUGCAAGUGCUGGUGCAAGGCGAGGGCCCCGAUGUGACGCCCGUCAAGGUGCUGAACUGUGACACCAUCUCACAGGUGAAAGAGAAGAUCAUUGAGCAGGUGUACAGAAACGUGCCGUACUCCCAGCGGCCGAAGGUUGACAGCGUCACUCUGGAGUGGCGCCCCGGUUCAACGGGACAGAUUUUAUCAGAUCUGGACUUGACCUCCCAGAAGGAAGGCAGGUGGAGGCGCAUCAACACUCUGGCCCAUUACAAUGUACGAGAUAAUGCCACAUUAGUUUUGUCCCGGGUAGUACAUACGCAGCAGAACUAUGACCAGAACCAGGAAAAUCACGAAGAGCGAAAUGCUCUGUUGGACGACGAUAAAGUGUUUCACUUGGUGAGGCCAGCAGACGAACUGGAUGAGAUCAAAUCUAAACGAGGAAGUAUAAAGGACAAGUCGAUGACCAAAGCCAUUACAGAGAUCUAUCUGACACGGUUACUCUCUGUUAAGGGAACACUCCAGCAGUUUGUGGAUGACUUUUUCCGCAGUGUGCUGUGCUCUGGAGCCGUUGUGCCACCAGCUGUCAAAUAUUUCUUUGACUUUCUGGAUGAGCAAGCACUGAAGCAAUGUGUGGACGAGGAGACCAUCCAUAUCUGGAAGACUAACAGCCUCCCGUUGCGAUUCUGGGUGAACAUCCUCAAGAAUCCCCACUUCAUCUUUGACGUCCACGUGUCCGAGGUGGUGGACGCUUCGCUGUCCGUCAUCGCCCAGACCUUCAUGGAUGCUUGCACCAAGAGUGAGCACAAACUCAGCCGGGACUCUCCAAGUAACAAACUACUCUAUGCAAAGGAGAUCUCCACCUAUAAGAAGAUGGUGGAUGACUAUUACAAGGGCGUCAGGCAGAUGGUCCCCGUCAGUGAUCAGGACAUGAACACUCAUUUGGCGGAAGUGUCACGGUCUCACACAGACAAACUGAACACACAAGUGGCUCUACAUCAGCUUUACCAAUAUGCCAGCAAAUACUAUGAUGGGAUCAUCGCCUCCCUGGAUGAGGAUCCAGCUGCACAGAGUAAGCAGCUGACCCUGCGGCUGCAGCAGAUUGCAGCAGCCCUGGAAAACAAAGUGACUGAUCUCUAGCCCACUGAGACCAAGGAGAGAAGAAGAGGGAUAUCGCCAGUGACUACAGGGGCUUAUUUCUUCAUUUCUGUGCAUAAAUGAAGGAAAUAAGAAAUCGGAGAGGGGACUUUUUAUUAUUAUUUUUUUGUAUGUGUUUAUUUCGUGCAGCUCGGCCCUGAAGCACCUUCUUGAUCUGUGAGUAACAGGGACUAAUUAAAUGCACACAGGGAGCAGAAAGAGGGGAGGAACUGAUGGGUUCCUCUGUCAUAGGUACGCCUUAAAUCUCACUUGCCAAAACUUAAAUGUCUGAGCCCUCGCUCAUGCUCCACCGAGCACUGCUCCUACAAUGCAGUACGAGAGACCUCUCUCUGAGAAUUAAGCCCCUCUGUGGAGCACUGGUAUGACAGAUAAUCAAAUGUUGAAUUUCUCUGUGUGGAAAAGGUUUAAAGAGUUGUAUUAUAUAUAUAUUUUUUAUCGUGCAGUCUUUAUCCAGAAAGCUUUAUAAGGAAAAAAAAGUAUCUUUUUAAUUGGAUCACUUUGUGGUGCGGACAGUGUUUUUAUUAGCCCGUGUGUGUGUGUGUGUGUAGAUGUCUGCGUGGAGUUCAACCUGUGAGCAAAAGUGUGUUGCUAAAUGUGUGUGUGUGCAUUACGAAUGUGUGGGAAUGUGCACACAGGAUGCCUACGUUCAGGCGUGAGGGCGAAGGGACGCCUGCUUUCUGUCAUCGAAACGCCCCGACGCUCGGUCCGACCACCCACCCCCACCCCGGAGCCUACGUUCCCCCCCAUGGAGCUUUACGACAAAGACCAAAGGGUCCUCACAGGGACAUCGGUGAAUCUAGUAACGUAUGGGCUCAUGUGGAUGACGGCUCACCAGUGGUUUCAGACACGUUCGAGUGGCACGCUGUGAUUUGAACAUGUGGUUGCCACUUGUGCUCGUGGAAAUCAGUAACAGCACAGUCUGUCUCCCUUUACUGUACAGUGCCAUGAGACAUUCCACUCAACCUAAAGCACAGAGGUACAUUUCAGAGUUUCUUUUGUUUGUUUGUUUGUUUGUUUGUUAGACAUUUCAGAAAAUGACUGAUUUUUGAAGUUUUUAGAUUUGUUUGAUGUAUUGCUAUUUCUUGGAGUAAGUUUAGCAAAGAGCAACUUAUGGAGCCACGUCACUCAUUUUAGCACUGCAAUAAUGUCAGUAUCCCAUGAGCCACAAUACACAAUUGCAUUUUCAUUCUAAAUGCCAUAUCGUAGAAAUUCAGCAAUAUGUUAAAAUCAUUCCAAAUUGAUUUGUAUUUUUUUGUGUUAUUUUAUUUGUUUUGUACCAUUUUUGUACUCUCACCAUUGUAAUGUUAUAUCAAUAUUUCUGCCUCUAAAGCUAUUAAAUAGCCUAAUGUUGAUGUUAAUAAUCUGCAACAAAUGCAGUUGGUACUGCAAUGAUCAAACUAUAGUAGUUUUUUCUGUUUUUUAUUUUUUUAUUUUGAUGAUGUCAAGAAGGUCGGGCUCAGUCAUGUACAUAAUUGCUAUGGUGUUUGAAAUAUUGACAUGUCAGUGUCAGAGUGUGGACAGGGUUGCAGUGAGAGUUUGAUAUUCCCUAGGCCAUUAAACACCAUUCCGAAAUUGUAGGUCUUGCUGCUGACAGAUGAUUUAAUUGUCCUCACUUGUAUCUGAUCAUGGACGAUGCGCGCGGUUGACACGGAGCAAGCAAGCUCCAGAGACCCCAGAAUGUUAACGACUCCUGCCUUGGCGAGAGUGACGUUUGCAGCCGACCUCGAGCCUGCCCGCCUGCCGUCUCAGCGUGGCUCUCCGGCGUCCCGGAUAACAGCAUUUGGCACUGCCCACUCAGUGCGAUGCAGAGUGGCACUCUGUAUAAUGGAAUCAGCAGGGGAGGCUUUUGAUCUUAAUUGCAUGCCGACUGCAGACUCCAUCCUUGUCUCCACCGUUGUUUACUGGUGACUCCUUUCUCACUGACAGAGUCGAUGCAAGAAUCUUAUUUCAGAGCCUUUCUUUAACCAGAAAUGUGCCUUAUUGAAUAGGAUAUUACAUAUAUAUUGUUUCUAAAUUAUUCCAUUGGUAACCUAGGUGACUAUGAUGAUAAUAGUACUUAUAGACACAGCAAUGUAUUUGGACUUGUGGUCUUAGGUGUGCUGUCUAAUGCUAGAUGCCCUGCUGCAGCCAUUCACGUGCCAGUUGGCUGAAGAGAUUUCAGUAUGAUUUCUUUUAUGGUUGCAGUUUUGAUGUGUGUAUUUCCCUUUGGGUGUCUUUGAUGUGUGCUUACUAGGACUUUGGUGGCUAAAGCAAAAUGUCAAAACAAAUGUAAAAAAGAAAAAAAAUUGGCCAAUUGGAUUUGGGUUUCUCUUGAAAAUGUGACAUUCCUAAAUUAGUCUACAAACAAAAAGGGUAUCUUGAUGUACAAUUGAAUAAUGAGCAAAACUGUUCCAAUGGUGGUAUUUAAAAAAAAAUUUUGCCCUGUGUUUCUAUGCUAUUCUAUAGUGUGUACGAUAAAUGACUACUAUACUCGACAAAUGACCUUUCUUACUGCUGUGCAGUUAUUUUUAUUUUUUUGUUUCCUAUACCAUAUAAAUCUUUGUAAAACGAGUUGAAAUACUGUAUUCUAACUGUAUACCCUAUGCAUUGGUUCCUGGGGGGAUAACUAAAUGUAAAAAUGAAAAAAAAAUGUUUGUGCUAUUGUCGAUUUCUUUUUUUUUCCCCCUCACAUUUUGAAACUUGUGAAUGUGCUGUAACGCUAAAAGAAACUGGGACAUUCCAUUUUGAAUACAAGAGCAGUAAUGGAAAGCCACUGUUUUUCUCCCCACCCCACCGUCCAAGGCAGCUCAUAAGAUUUUCAGUCUUUUACCUGAUCUGGUCGUGCUGGAUGAACCUAAUUUUUAGGAAAAGUCGUGCGUGUGGACAGAGCAGUUACCCACAGGUUUCAUCAUACACUUCUCCGUGAAUAAACUCAGAGACAUAUAUACCCUUCA